AUGGAUGAUGGAUGCAUUGAAAGUCGUCCGAAAAGGCAGAAAAUAGACAAGAGCGGUCGAUCAGCUGCUUUAGAACGACUUAAAGCUUUGAAAGGUCGUAAAAAUAAAUGUGAAAUUGGUGAAGUAGAUAAUGUUUAUGAAUACGUUGAUGAAAAGGAAUAUGCAAAAAGGGUGAGGGUAAGGCAAGAUGAAGAUUGGUUGGAAAAUCCAGGAGAUGGAUACUUUGAAGAUGGAAGAGAAAUUUUUGAUAGUGAUGAUGAAGAUGAUCUUAAUAGUUCUUCUAGCAAAAAAUCUAGAAAGCUUUCAUCUUUGCAUAAGAAAAAAGAAAAAAAAAUCAAGUCUGGUUCGAACAAUAUAUUAGAUAUGGUGUCCAAAAUGCCAGUAAAGAAAAGAAAUAUUAAUAGUGAAAAUAAUAUAUUAAAUCUUUUAGAAGAAUCAUUAAAUUCAGCAUCUAAUAGUUCCUCGCAAAAAUCAGAAGUUCUUACAUCUAAAGAAUACCUGAAAAUGUUAUCGUCACAUAAAAUAAAAAAUGAAUCUGUAAAACCUACGUUCAACAGUGCAAUAAAAACAAAUUUAGUCAAUUUACCUGUAAACAAAAAAACAAAUUAUGAAACUUCAGAGAAGAAUGGCCAAAGUGAUCUUACUACUUAUUCUGCAUGUGUUCAAAAUGUUCAAAAUAAAGAAACCUUAAUUGAAAAUUCUACAGCCUCAAACGAUGCUUAUGAUGACUCAAUUGAUUUCGAUGACAAUAUGGAUGUUGAUUUGGGUGAUAUUGAUCUCAACGUUUCUGCAGACGAUACAAAAACUAAUAAAGAAAAUUCUAAACCUAAUUUGGAUGAAGAUUGUAAUGAUGAGUUUUUAAAUUCGAUUCCUCUCGAUGAUAAAGAAGAAAUUCCAUCCAUAUCAUCAGAAUGGGUUGAUAAUAAUACUCCAAAUAUAAAUGUUCCUCUUCCGAAUAUAAGUGUUGAUAAAUCGGAUCUUCCACUUGGUACAAAUAAAAAUGGUGAAAAAGUAUUUAGAUUUUUUUGGUGGGAUGCAUAUGAGGAUGCUUUAAAACAACCAGGGAUUGUUUAUCUUUUUGGCAAAGUGUAUUACGAACCUAAAAAAAUAUAUUUAAGUUGCUGUGUUGCCGUUGAAAAUAUUCCAAGGAGAAUUUUUCUUUUACCUCGCGACAAAAAGUUCGAUUCGAAAACCCAAGAAUCUACGGAAACGGAAAUAUCAUUAUUGGAUGUCUAUAAGGAGUUCAACGAAAACAUAGCAACACCCAACAAAAUAAUGAAUUUCAAAUCUCGUAAAACGACAUUAAAAUACGCAUUUGAAUUAAACGAUGUACCCGCCGAAAGUGAAUAUUUGGAAAUAAAAUAUCCGGCAACGUAUGCGAAACUACCACAAGAUUUAUCUGGUGAAACUUUUAGUAGAGUUUUUGGAACGAAUACAAGCGGUUUGGAAGUGUUGCUUUUAGACAGGAAAAUAAAAGGACCCUGUUGGUUGGAAAUAAAAAAUCCACAAACUGUUAAUGUUCAGUGCAGCUGGUGCAAAUUGGAAGUACGAUGUUCGAAACCUGAGGAUGUAAUAAUCUCUGACGUAUUUGCUCCUCCUCCACCUUUGACUCUGAUGACGAUUAAUAUUCGUACGGUUGUUAGCAAAAAUAUGGAUAAUGAAAUUGUCAUGAUCGGAGUCAUCGUUAACAAUCAGUAUAGAAUUGAUAAACCCGCACCCAAUCCCCCGUUCAAUUCUCAUUUUUGCACCGUAACAAGAUCUCCAUCAUGUUUUUGGCCGCAAAACAUUGAAAAAUGUUUAGGAAAUUAUAAAAAAACAGAAGUUGCCGUACAUCAAGCAGAAAAAAGUCUUUUGAAUCAUUUUUUAACAAAAUUAUUUACCAUAGAUCCAGACGUAAUAAUUGGACAUGAAAUAUUUGGUUUUACAUUGGAUACCCUAAUUCAACGAAUACAACAUUUAAAGAUACCCAAUUGGUCUCGUAUCGGUAGGUUAAAAAGGGCGAUUCUACCCCAAUUCAAAGGGAAGCAAAUGGAUAAAAGCGUGACGUGUGGUCGUUUAGUAUGUGAUGUUGUGACUUCCGCUCGGGAAUUAAUAAGAGCUCGAAGUUACGAUUUAAGCACUUUGUGCAAACAAAUUUUAGGAAUCGAAGAAAAUUCCAGACAGGAUUUUUCAUCUGAAGAAGUGGUAGAAAAAUUUCAAAAAAUUGGAUCCGUUAUUGAACUUAUUAAUUAUACGAUGGAAGACGCGAGUCACAUAUUAAAAAUAGUUUACGAAAUAAAUGCUCUUCCGUUGGCUUUGCAAAUAACUAAAAUUGCUGGAAACGUCAUGUCAAAAACUUUGUCGGGGGGACGUUCGGAAAGGAAUGAAUUUUUAUUGCUUCAUGCGUUCACGGAGAAAAAUUAUUUGGUACCCGAUAAAAGUUUUUCUAAAAAGCCGCGAAUGAAUGAAGAUGAAAUGGAGGCAUCGUCUAAGAAUAAUAAGAAAAAACCUCAAUAUGCCGGUGGUUUAGUUUUCGAACCGAAAAAAGGAUUUUACGACAAAUUUAUUUUACUCAUGGAUUUUAAUUCUUUAUAUCCGAGCAUAAUUCAAGAAUACAAUAUUUGUUUUACGACCGUGUCGAGGAGUAACGGCGAAGAUGAAAACGAAAUCAAUUGUCCACCGGAUAAUUUACCACUCGGUAUUUUGCCCAUUGAAAUAAAGAAAUUGGUGGAAACUCGUCGUGAUGUUAAACAAUUGAUGAAAUCUCCCAAUUUAUCACCCGAGUUAUACAUGCAACAUAAUAUCAGGCAAAUGGCUCUUAAAUUAACGGCGAAUUCGAUGUACGGUUGUUUGGGAUUUUCAUAUUCUCGAUUUUAUGCGAAACCUUUGGCCGCUUUGGUCACGAGCAAAGGAAGAGAAAUACUUUUAAAUACAAAGAACAUUGUAGAAAAAAUGAAUUACGAUGUCAUUUACGGAGAUACGGAUUCCGUAAUGAUCAAUACGAAUUGUAUAAAUUACGAUGAAGUGUUUACGAUCGGUCAUAAAAUAAAAGAUGAAAUCAAUAAAUUGUAUAAAUACAUAGAGUUAGACAUUGAUGGAGUUUUCAAAUACAUGCUCCUGUUGAAGAAGAAAAAAUAUGCUGCUGUCGUGUUGACGAAAAAACCAUCGGGAGAACUCGUAGCAACGAAAGAAUACAAGGGUUUGGAUAUAGUUCGUAGAGAUUGGUGUCAGUUGUCUGCGGAAGUCGGACGACACAUUUUAAAUCAAAUCCUGUCGGAUUUAAGUCCAGAAGAUAGAAUAGGAAAUAUAAAAGAUCAUUUAGAAAGGAUUACCGUGGAUUUACGGGAUAGAAAAGUUCCCAUAUCCCUUUUGGCCAUCACAAAACAAUUGGCUAAAAAUCCAGAAGAUUAUUCGGAUAUAAAGUCGUUGCCUCAUUUGCAAGUCGCACUGAGAAUGAAUUCUAAGGGUGGUAAAAAGUUAAGAAUGGGAAACACGGUGUCCUACGUCAUAUGCGAUGACGGAUCAAAUCUUCCGCCGUUACAAAGAGCUUAUCACGUGGACGAAUUAAAAUCGAAUUCUCAGCUUCUCAUCGAUAUAAAAUAUUAUUUAGAACAGCAAAUUCAUCCCGUCAUUAGCAGACUUUGCGAACCUGUAGAGGGUGUGGAUGCUGCUUUUAUUGCCGAAUGCUUGGGCCUCGAUCCAACGAGCUAUCGAAAAGCAAUACAAAAAUCAAUGGAAAAAGAUGAAUGUGAAAACAGCACCGCCGUCAACGAUUACAUAUUCGGAAACGAUUUAGAAGCAUUCAAGCGAUGCGAAGUUUUUUCAUUCGUUUGCAAGGGUGAAAAUUGCGGUACUGUUAAUUACAUCGACAGUCCCAUGCGCGACAACGUACCUUCUUUGAGUAAAUGUAGGAAUCCAUCUUGUAACACGUCACCGAUAACUUAUUUAACGAACAUCGUUAAUGAACUUACCAUAAAAAUAAAGACUCAUAUAAGAAAGUUUUAUCAAAAUUGGCUCAUAUGCGAAGAUCCAGCUUGUACAAAUCGGACGCAAAGAGUUCCAAUGAAGUUUUCAAACACUUUUCCAGUGUGUAAUUUAUGUAACAAAGGAGCAAUGUAUAGAGAAUACACAAGUUCUGAUCUUUAUUAUCAAAUUAAAUACUACAAACAUGUUUUUACCCUUGAAAAAGUAAAGUUUUUCGCAUUUUUCAAUAAAAAACGUUUUAAUUUUAUAAUAUUAUUAUUAUUUUCUUUUUUUUUGCAGAAAAAUUACGAAUUACCGGAAGAUGUAAGAGAAGGUUACAAAAUACUACAAGAAAAAGUUUUAAAAGUUUUAAAUAUGAGUGCAUAUAAUUCAUUGGAUUUGGGUAAAAUGUUUUCUAAAAGUAUUAGAAAGAAAAGAAACGACAGAAAACUUCAAAAUUCGUUUUUAAAUUUAAAAAUUUAA